CUCGAGCCUUGAGUGACUCGAUCUCCCGGAGGAAGCGAAGAUGAAGCGCGGUGGAUGGAUCUUCAAAGCCGCCGUGCUGAUGGCGGUGGCGCUGUCGUCCUCCGUCAAGGGGGAGCGGGAGGAGGCCGUCCCUGCCGAGGACGACCUUCUCCUGCCGCUGGAGAGCCAGCAUUUGGCAAUCGUGGCCAAGGACGACCUUCAAGCCUCUGCCACGGGAUACGGAGGAUACGGAGGCGGAAGUUCCCACAAGGGCCACGGAGGCUACGGAGGCUCCCACUACGACCAGGGAGGCUACAAGGGCCACCAGGGAUACCACGCUGACAAGGGCCACAAGGGCAGCCACUACGGCGACCACGGCAAGGCGCACUACAGUGGUUACCAUGGCGACCAUGGCAAGCACUACAAGGGCCACGACGACAAGCACAAGUACUACGGCGACGCCCACAGCGGCAAGAAGGGAGGGAAGGGUCACCACUACGGCUCCAAGGGUCACCACAACAAAGGUCACAAGGACAAGGUCAGAGCUUUUCCCAUUGCACUUGCUGUAGGUUGCAUCUGAUGUUUUCCUUUG